GAAGUCCACGGGUCUCCUGCCUUGGCAAACCAGUGGGAUUGCAGCCUAGAGCAGAGCCCAGCCAACUGAGCCCCUCAAAACCCGCAAAAUUUGUGUCCCUCACAGGUCUGAGAACUUGGGGCCGUGCCCUUGCGCCCAGUCAUGGUCUCCCCGGCUCUUGCGCUGGCUUUCAUCCCCUUCGUGGUCACCCUUCUCAUCCGCUACCGCCACUACUUCCUGCUCUUUUACCGAGCGGUGGUGGUCCGACGGCUGCGGGACUACCUGACCGGCAUCCCCAAGGAAGAGAGAGCCUUCCAGUACGUCUUGACCCACGCCAUCCCCGGGGACCCCCAGCAAAUCCUGGAGACGUUUGACCAAUGGAGCCGUCACUGCGAGUAUCUCAGCAAUUUGGGACCUCAAAAAGGGAAGAUCUUAGAGCGGCUGAUCUACGAGAAGGCCCCCCUCACGGUCUUGGAGCUGGGCACCUACUGUGGCUACACCACCAUCCUGAUCGCCCAGUCGCUCCCGCUGGGAGCCCGCCUGUACACCGUCGAGAAGGAUGCCCGCAAAGCAUCGGUGGCCGAAAAAGUCAUCCGCCUGGCCGGCUUCGACGACGAUACGGUGGAGCUGAUUGUGGGCCACUCGGAGGAAGUCAUUCCCCAGCUCAAAGACAAGUACGGGCUGCCCCGGGUGGACCUCGUCUUCAUGGACCACUGGAAGAGCUGCUAUUUGAGGGACCUGCAGCUGCUGGAGGCCCACGACCUUCUCCCUGAAGGCGCCACCGUCCUGGCCGACAACAUCAUCUUCCCCGGGGCCCCCCACUUCCUGCAGUACGCCAAGGCCUGCAGCAAGUACAAGUGGAGAAUUCAUCGGACCAGCCUGCAGUACUUCCGGGCCAUUCCUGAUGGGAUGGCUCAGCUCACCUACACCGGUCCACAGUGACAGGAGGUGUCGACAAAGGGCUCCUGCCACGUGUGCGAGACAUGCGGCCAUAAAUGGUCACAAGAGCACUCUGCUGGCACACA